AUGAAGCCAUGCCCCACAAACCCAAAAGACCUUGAGUAUAGAUCGUCCUGCGGAUAUGAUAUGUGGGUGAUUGGUAGACCCAUCACCGGUAGAAUAAGUAGGAAUUUUGAGAUUUGGGGUUGUGGGAUAAUUAGAUUUAAAAUUUGCGAUGGACUUCCCAUAGAGGAUGUUAUAUGUGAAGAUUUGUCAUCUAGAAACUCUGGAGCAUCUGCUAUCAAUUUCUGGGAGAAGCCUAAUAUUGGAGCAGAAUGUGCUCUCUAUGGUGCUACUACUGGUGCUUUUAGGAAGUUUUCUGAUGGUCAAUGGGUUCAUGCUCUCUGUUUCAUUCAUUAA